UGACGAAACACGAAUUCAGCACCUCUUAUCCUACUCUGGCCUUGAUGGUUUAGGGUUACUCUGCCCAAACAGGGAAAAGACCAGCAGAAAGAAAUUUUCUCCUGUCCCAAAUUCUAUGGAAAACUAGAAAGUUUUUUGCGAGCCACACUGCUCGAAAUUUGACCUUUCGCUGCCAAUUCACUUGGGAUGACUCAAGAACCUCAUAUUUCUAAGAAAAAACGGCAGUAUUUAUUGCUUUCACAAGAUCUUUGUUUGUCAAAUAAACAAUGCUUAUAUUCACAUUGAAAUUUCUGUUAAAGGAUAACGCUUGGACCAAAAAUCAUGAAUCUUUCCCAUAAUAGUGACAGAAACGUUGACAAAUGCCAGGUAAUAACUCCACAACUUCAGAAUUACCAAACAAUCUCCAGGUACAAAGUACUUCCUAAUAUUGUCAGAGCUUACUCGUCUUUCUUUCUCUCUCCAACUCUCCAUCCCUCUCUCCUUUCCCAUAUCUCCCUCUAUACAUACUUAAUCCUAUAGAUCAAACCCUAAACACAGCUGAAUAGUUCAAGAAACAUGGACAACUCCACGGAAUACAGUGGCUCCUCAGGUAUGAAUGGAUACGCAUAUGCUAUCGGAAUGUCUUCAGGUGUCCUAUUUUUGAUCUUAAGCAUAACUCUGGCCGCGUAUUUCUGCACCCGUGGAGUAGAUUCUCCCCCACACACAGCUACAAACCAAGGCGACUUCAUCACUGACCAUGACUCCAUUGUGACGGAACUCGGUCUCAACGAAGCCAGUCUUGCAAGCUACCCCAAGUUGCCCUAUUCAAAAGCAAGGUUAGAACCCAGGGGUAAUGAUUUACUACCUUCUUGCUGCUCUAUAUGCUUAGGGGACUACAAGGAUAGCGACAUGAUAAGGUUGUUGCCUGAUUGUGGCCAUGUUUUUCAUCUCAAAUGUGUGGACUGUUGGUUAAGGCUGCAUCCUACAUGUCCGAUUUGUCGGAAAUCUCCUAUGCCAACCACUUUGUCGGCUCCUCUUGCUGAAGAGGCACCAUUGGCAGUGAGCAGUUAUUGAUUCAAGAGAUUGCAUCUUAGUUUUUCCAAUUUCUUGUGGGGUCAAUCUGAGGUUUUCUAGUGUUUUUAGACAUUUUGUGCAGAUAUUAAAGUAGUGUAAUUCUCUACAGUAUAACAGAGAUUUUAACAUGAUGUUUAUGGCAAUCAUGUAGGGAUUUAAUUUAGACAGUCAAAUCGGAUGUGGAACAUAUGACAA